AUGUCUGAUUAUGAAGCUCUCCUACAGUUUAACCGAACACGAGUGUCGCUAGAGAUGGUGUAUUUUUUGGCUUCGACAACUGCUUCGAUCAUACAAGUUCGCGAAAGACGUGGGACGCCAAAUGUAUCACUGGUCGAUUUCAUCAAAGGAUUGAUCACACGCUCCAAUGUUCAGACCCCCACUCUCAUGUCAACGGCAGUGUAUUUGACUCGCCUCAGAUCAAUCAUUCCUGCAUCUGUCUAUGGAAUCGAGUCCACGAGACAUCGGAUCUUCUUGGGUUGUCUGAUCCUCGCUGCCAAGAACCUCAACGACUCAUCUCCUUUGAAUAAGCACUGGGCAUCAUAUACUGAUGGCCUACUUGACAUAUCCGAGGUCAACACAAUUGAAAGAGAGCUGCUUGAAUACUUCGACUGGAAUCUCAAAAUCUGCACACAAGAUUUGACCACCUGUUUAGCUCCCUUCUUGAAGCCUAUCAAGGAUGAUCUCGUUGCUCAGAAACAGGAUCUCUUGUUGUUCAACUCCCCGCUUCCUGGAUGUAUGCGUGCCCAAAUCUAUGAAGAAUCUCAUUCGCGCUCUUCGAGUAGCAUGUCAAUUCCAUCGCUUGUUUCCAGUGCUACUAUGUCCACCAUAUCGACUACAGACUCGAGAAGAACUCCAAUUAUGAGUCACCCCUCCGGUAAUAUUUACUGCAUUAAGGAGGAGGACAGCCAUCACAUUAAAAACAAUUCAAUCCAAUCUUCAAAAGAUGUAUAUGACAUUCAGGGAAAACACAUCAGUGAUAAGUUGAGUUCAGGCGUGUCUCACAAUUCACAGGGAAGGAAGAAAAGUGAUAGUAUGGCAAGGCCUAUUAUACUGAAGACUGGGUUAACAAAGCCAGUGAACAAUAUGUCAUCCAGUUCUAGUAAAUUUGGGCUGAGAUCUAAUUGGGCUUCUAUUUUCAAAUAA